CCUGUUCUUGUACGUGACAUGCUGGAUUGACUUCACUUCACAUUACUUGCUUCGUGCUUCCAGCUAUGGGUCUUGAGGUCUAGCUAGACCGACGACUUGUAGACUCACGACCUUGAGCUCGACUAUCAGAACCGGGAAGAGAUUCAGGAUGUGGCAAGCUACGAAUGUCUACUUCAUUUGCUCGUUCGCCGCCAUCGGCGGCGGACUUUUCGGGUUCGAUAUAUCUAGUAUGUCGGGUGUGUUAGGCACUCAAGCAUACAAACGAUACUUCGGCGGUCCAAAAUCCUACCGCCAAGGAGGAAUCACCUGUGCCAUGCCAUUUGGAUCGCUCGUUGGAGCUUUAGCAUCGUCUUUCAUCGCGGACAAGUAUUCACGUCGGACUAGUAUUCAAAUCGCGUCUGUGUUCUGGAUCGUGGGUUCAAUAAUUCAAUGUCUUUCUGUUAAUAUUGGAAUGCUUGUCGUUGGUCGCGUCAUUGCUGGUAUCUGUGUCGGAAUAGCAAGUUCGAUAUGUCCGGUCUACCAAGCGGAAAUUGCACCAAAGGAGAUUAGAGGUCGUGUUGUCUCUCUGCAGCAGUGGGCGAUCACAUGGGGGAUUCUCAUCCAGUAUUUCAUCCAAUACGGUGCCUCUUGGGUUGGAGGAGGCCCACAAAAUGCCAACCAACCGACGUCAGCAUUCCGAAUCCCAUGGGGUGUUCAGAUUGUCCCAGCAGUGAUCCUAUUUUUUGGCAUGUUCUUCUUGCCGAAAUCACCUAGAUGGCUAGCUUCGCAGGAUCGAUGGGAAGAGGCUAUUCAGAUCAUGGCGAAUCUUCAUGGAGGCGGAGAUGUCAACCAUCCGAAAGUACUUGCUGAAUACCAGGAAAUCGAGGAGGCUCUUCGCUUCGAGAGGGAGGAGGCGACCAGCUCUUACAGGCAACUGGUUGAGCCGCGCAUGCUGAAGCGUGUAUUACUAGGAAUGUCAAUACAGGCCUGGUCUCAGCUAUGUGGUAUGAAUAUAAUGAUGUACUAUAUUGUCUACAUCAUGGAGGGAGCCAACAUCGCUUCCCCGCUCAUCACGGCCUCCAUCCAAUACAUCCUCAACGUUGCUCUCACUCUCCCCGCUAUCCUCUACUUAGACAGAUUCGGUCGUCGACCCGCCAUGCUCACCGGAUCCUUCCUCAUGAUGACCUUCCUUUUCAUCGUCGGUGCGCUCCAGGCUACCUACGGAGAGCCAAAUGUAGGUGACCUUAAGGAUGCCAACAACUCGGACAUUUCGUGGAUUGUGCACGACAAUAAGCCAGUUUCAAAAGCCAUUGUAGCGAUGACUUACCUAUUCGUUUGCACAUUCGCCACAACAUGGGGUCCAACAUCCUGGACAUACCCGUCUGAAAUAUUCCCCACAAAGAUCAGAGCCAAAGCUGUUUCCCUAGCAACGGCCAGCAAUUGGUUUUUCAAUUGCUGUCUCGCGUUCGCCGUGCCCCCAUUGUUAUGGAAUAUGUACGUUCUUCUUUCACCCAUGCCCAUAUCAGAAGUCGAAGCAAGCUGAUCAAUCACUCACUAGCAACUGGAAGAUGUACAUGAUCUUCGGGACAUUCAACGGCAUGGCAUUCAUACACAUGUUCCUCACCGCGCCUGAAACAAAAGGCAAAACGCUCGAAGAAAUGGACGACGUGUUUGACAGCGGUAUCAAACCUUGGAAGGGCGUCAAGAAAGGUUCGCGACUCGACCAACUGGAGAAGGAUAUCGAGGCUGGAAAACUUAAGAUUGCGGCGCCAUUGGGUGCGGGAAGAGGUGAAGAGAAAGGUGUUACAGAACAUAAUGAGCAUUUCGAGAAAACAGUUUGAUACCGCUGAGGGGGAAGGGGCGGGAGGACGCUUGUUUUGAUAGGAAUGGUAAUUUGUAUUCUUGAGUGGGUGAUGUAAUGAUUGACGACACUCUUCAGCGCUAGCAAGCAAAAUUGAUACCCAUUGAAAGUA